UAUGACCAGUACAAGACACCCAUGGACAACAUCGGGCUGCAGGACUCCUUGCUCUCCCGCUUUGACCUGCUCUUCAUCAUGCUGGACCAGAUGGAUGCCGAGCAGGACAGGGAGAUCUCGGACCACGUCCUGCGGAUGCACCGCUACCGCAACCCCAACGAACAGGAUGGGGAUGCCAUGCCCCUCGGCAGUGCUGUGGAGAUCCUGGCUACGGAGGACCCUGACUUUAUGCAGGAGGAGGAACAGGAGCUCCAGGUGUAUGAGAAACAUGAUGACCUCCUGCACGGGCCUAACCGCCGCAAGGAGAAGAUCGUCAGCAUGGAGUUCAUGAGGAAGUACCUCCACGUAGCCAAGAUGAUUAAGCCCGUCUUGACGCAGGAGUCGGCGAGCUACAUAGCGGAGGAGUACUCCCGCCUGCGCAGCCAGAGCCAGAUGAACUCAGACAUCGCCAGGACCUCCCCUGUCACCGCCCGUACCCUGGAGACCCUGAUCCGCCUCUCCACGGCCCACGCCAAGGCCAGGAUGAACAAGACUGUUGAUCUGCAGGAUGCUGAGGUGGCUUUGGAGCUGGUGCAGUUCGCCUACUUCAAAAAGGUGCUGGAGAAGGAGAAGAAGCGCAGAAAGCAGGCGGAGGAUGACUCGGAGACCGAGGAGGAGCAGGAUGAGUCGCAGCCCAAGGAGGAGAGCAGCAUGAGGAGGAGAAAGAAGGCACGCACAGGAGGCGAGGGGGACUCCUACGACCCCUAUGACUUCAGUGACGCUGAGGAAGAGAUGCCGGAGGUCCAGGCACAUACUCCCAAGACGCCCGAAGCCUCGGCCGCUGGCGACGCGAAGAAGAUGGAAUUGGCUGAGCCAAGGUUGAAAGCAUUCAAGGCUGCCCUCCUGGAGGUCUUCAAAACUUCCCAUGCCCAGUCUGUGGGCCUGAAGAACAUGAUGGAGUCCAUCAACCGUGACAACCCUGAGCCCUUCUCGCUGGCUGAAGUCAAGGUGGCACUGGCCCACAUGCAAGAUGACAACCAGAUCAUGGUGUCCGAUGACAUCAUCUUCUUAAUCUGA